GCUUUCCAGUACCGCCUCUUGGCGGCGGCAGCAGAGGCACUAUGGCCGACGGCGGCGGCCCUCCUGAGGCGCCCAGCCCACGGGGCUCCCCGGGCCGGGCGCCGCGGGUCCCGCGAGUGGUCGGGCCGGGAAGCGGCGCCUGCUGCGGGGAGACCCCCAGGACGCCGGCGCUGGCGCUGCGCUUUGACAAGCCUAUCAAGCAGGCCUUCUACAACACGGGGGCCGUGCUGUUCGUGUGCCUGUGUUGCGGCGCCGCCGUGCUGGUCUACUUCAUCUUGGAGGCCUUCCUGCGGCCGUUGCUGUGGGCCGUGCUGUGCGGCACCUUCCUGCACCCCUUCAAGAGCUCGCUGACGCGCCUGGGCCGCCACUGGCUGCAGCGCCUGCACCGCGCGCACACGCCCAUCGUGCUGGCCGCGCUGCUCCUGCCGCUCUGCUUCGCCGACUACGGCGUCGAGGCCCUGGGCGAGCAGGCGCUGCGCCGCCGCCGCCUGCUGCUGCUGCUGGGCGCCGGCGGCCCGCUGCUCUACGGCCUCUACAGCCUCGGCAGCUACCUGGGCGUGCAGGUGCUGCUGGCGCACGCCGGCGCACUCAUCUGCCGCGGGCUGGACUACUUCAGCAGCCUGUGGAUCUGGACACUCGUAGUUGGCUAUGUAUUGGCUGUCUCAUUCAAGUGGAAUGCAAGCACUGAACGCUACUUGAGAGCAAUUUCAAUUCCUGUCUGGAUUAUAUUGCUUUUUCAUUUAGCAUCCCUGGCUGGCUCAUGGAGAAUUCCGGUAUUCCUGGUUAUUGUUUUCCUGAUGUCUGUGGGCACCCUCUAUGAAAAACAGAAUGGAAAAGAGUCUUCUGGAGCAGAGUUACCAGGGCAGGUUAUCUCCAUGGCAGCUUCUACUCUGGCAACCCUGGCCAUCUCCAUCACAGGGUACGAAUCAAGCACUGAGGACCAGCCCUCCGGCCAGCCUGCAGAAACCAUGGACAGAGGAGAACCGCCCCCACCACUGUCCUCCACUCCUUCACCUUCCUCCCCCUCCCCCACUCUGGGCAGACCAAGAGCUGAAAUGGGAACAUUUCUCAGAAAGAAGAAAACCAGUGACAUCUACUUCGUGUCGCUCGUGUGGGCCAUCAUCGGUGUCCAGCUCUGGCUGAACCUGUGGAUUGUACAGUUGCUGCCAGUGCCUGUCGCAGUCUGGAUUCUCAAAAAGCUUGUCAUUCACUUUGGAGUCGUGGACUUCCUGGCGAAACGCUGCCAUGUAUGGUGGCAGGUGGCUGAGCACUUCCUCAAGGAGCGGCAGGAGGCUCUAGCACCAUGGCCGGUUGUUGGGCUUGGAAAAUUCUUGCUAAAAGUUGAUAGCAAGCUGUGGCACUGGCUAAAUAAGAAGAUGAUCAUCUGGUUGGAGAAGAUGUUAGACAAAAUAAUUAGCAUUUUCAUCAUAUUUUUGUUAGUGAUAGGAACCCUUCUUUUAGCUCUACUCUUGACUGCGAAGGUGCAUCAAGAGAGUGUGCACAUGAUUGAAGUCACAAGCAAUUUGAUUAAUGAGACUCUAGCAAAUCACCCUGAGUGGGCAAAUUGGCUUCCUGAGGCUCAAGUAGUCCAAAGAGCCCUCAAUUCUGCGGCUAACAACGUGUAUCAGUAUGGAAGAGAAUGGAUAACCCACAAGCUUCAUAAAAUUCUGGGAGAUAAGGUGAACAAUACUGCCGUAAUUGAAAAGCAAGUACUAGAACUUUGGGACAGAUUGUAUCACUCUUGGUUUGUAAAGAAUGUAACGCAUUCUGGAAGGCACAAAGGACACAAGAUGCAUAUAAAUCGUCAGAAUAGCUGGCUGGGAGACAUCCUGGACUGGCAGGAUAUCGCCUCUUUUGUUCACGAGAACAUUGAGACGUUUCUUUCGAUCUUAGAGUCUCUGUGGAUUGUUAUGAGCCGGAACGUGAGCCUGCUUUUCACCACCGUCACCACACUCCUGACCAUCCUCUUCUACAGUGGGACGGCCCUUCUCAAUUUUGUGCUCUCUCUGAUAAUUUUCCUGACCACACUAUUUUAUCUAUUAAGUUCCAGUGAUGAGUACUACAAGCCAGUGAAGUGGGUGAUAAGCCUGACACCACUGUCUCAGCCAGGGCCUUCCUCUAAUAUUAUUGGCCAGUCUGUGGAAGAAGCCAUCAGAGGGGUGUUUGAUGCUUCCCUCAAAAUGGCUGGCUUCUACGGAUUGUACACUUGGCUGACUCAUACUAUAUUUGGCAUCAAUAUUGUCUUCAUACCAUCAGCUUUAGCAGCAAUCCUCGGAGCGGUGCCGUUUCUGGGGACAUACUGGGCAGCAGUACCUGCAGUUCUAGACCUGUGGCUCACACAAGGCUUAGGGUGCAAAGCCAUCUUACUAUUGGUUUUUCAUCUCUUGCCAACAUACUUUGUAGACACUGCCAUCUACUCUGACAUAUCAGGAGGUGGGCAUCCUUACUUGACAGGCUUGGCAGUGGCUGGCGGGGCGUACUACUUAGGCCUGGAAGGAGCAAUCAUUGGGCCCAUACUUCUCUGCAUACUCGUGGUCGCUUCCAAUAUCUACAGUGCCAUGCUAGUGAGUCCCACAAAUUCAGUGCCCACGCCAAACCAGACCCCGUGGCCUGCUCAGACUCAGCGGAGGAAGAUCAAAGUCCUUGACGUGGCUUGCGAGACCCCACACGAUCUACUCCUGACCUGUUUGCUCUCGUUGUCUGAGGGGCUGCCGUCAGGGCCUCACACAGGGCAGGCUUGCUGUGCUCUGAUGGCAGAGGGUGCACGGUUACCUCCUGUUUGCAGAGGCGAGCCCCGGGAGCCGACAGGACACAUUCGCAGUUUCUGUGUGCUCCCAUCUCUCUUCAGAGGGAUGAACAACUCUCUGCUUAAGGAAGAACGAAGGAGGGAGGACCCCCUUUUUUGAUAUUCACUGUUGAUGGGGGUGUUUGCAGUGUGAUGGGGGUGAAUGUCAUGGACACAGCACAGCUAAGACUCCCAACUAUUUUGGCCUUGAUUCAGUAAUCCAAGCCUAUCACUUCCUCUGUUCGCGGUGACACUGGGGCUGUCUGGGAGGUGUGGGGGAGGGCGCAAGCUCCCUCGCAGUCUGGUGUCUCAGAGUGCUUUCUUGACUUUUGGACAGGAUAUUCACACUUGGUUUGAUGGACUUAUUUCAAUCCUACCAAAAACUGAGCAGCAAAGCCUGCAAGGAGGCAGUAGGAACAUAUCCCAAGGACUCCUCUAGGAACGCUAUUCACUGUAUUAAAGUUUUCCUCCGCUGUCUGUCACAGUACUGAGUGUGACGCUGGAAUGUGGUCCUUUAGGAACUCAGCUUAAUCUUUUACAGAAGGAGUUAUUAGUAAUUCAUUGCUGGUUUUAGAAGCAUUCUUUUAAUCUGACUGUGAAUAU